AUGUUUACUGCUAUGAACGUGCCAACAAAUUGCAUUCAUAUUAUCAUUAUCAUAUACACAUCCAUAGACGAAAAGCAGAACUACACUGAGGAAUCUCCACAACAUAAAAUUGACAUGCUGGAAACAUUUGUCAACAGCCGACUUCUCGAGGCCUGCAGGAAGGGGAACCUCAGCCGAGUGAGGCUCAUCUUGUCCAAGGGUUUGGUCGACAUCAACAGCAGAGACGAGAAGCACGGAAGGACACCCCUAAUGGUGGCAGCCCAUGGGGGGCAUUGCGAAAUAUUUGACUUUCUUAUGAGUAAAGGUGCUAAUAUGUCAGAUGUGGAUUAUGACUGUAAGAACGUCCUGCACUGGGCAUGCAAGGGCGGACAUGUGGACAUGGUGGAGCGUGUGCUUCCUCAAUACGGUGUUGUUAAAGGUAAGGAAAUACCCCCUCUUUUACAUGCUGCAUGGAGUGGAUACAGCGACGUUCUGGAGUUUCUCGUGUGUACGGGAAGUAAUGUUUCACAAGUUGAUGUCAAAGGCAACAACGCCCUGCACUAUGCCUCCUUAUGCGGACAUAUGGCUGUGCUGAAGUAUAUAGUUUCACAAGCCAGUGUUGAUGUUAACAGUAGAAAUAAAGACGGACUGACCCCUUUGAUGAUGGCUGCAUCAAGUGGAAACAGAGACGUUUUUGACUUCCUCGCAAGUAUGGGAGCUAAUGCGUCAUACGUGGGUGACAAUGGGCACAACAUCCUUCAUCUGGUCUCUUCAUAUGGACGUAUGAAGAUAGUGAAGUACAUCCUGUCACACAGCCUGGUCGACGUUAACGCCAGAGACAAGUAUGGGAAAACGGCAGCCAUGAUAGCAAAGCGCAAAAGAAAGCUUAACGUGUAUAAUCUUCUUGUUUCGCGGGGUUGUCCAGUGAAAUAA